AACAAAGCAGAAUUGCCAUAGUAACCAAGUAAAGAUCAAAGACAAGUGCACUGACUGCACUGCGCAUGAACCUGUAAAUCUACAGUACAGUUCCUUUACAUUUGUGAGAACUCCCUAUAAAAUGGCAGGAAGCAAUGGAGCUAUUGUAGUUUGUCUCAAGGAGUGCAGAAACUUGAGAUCAAGCCAUGGGGAGAAAUUCACCUGCUUUGCUCGCGUGGAGCAUUGUGGGAAUUUGCUUGGCGAUAGUGUGAGGAGUGAGUGGGCAUGUGGUGAGAGUGUGAUGGUGAUGGACUUGAGGGUGGAGGUCAAAUGUGGACUCAACAAUCAUGCCGCUCUCAACAGUGUGGCUAGAAAUCCUCUACUGGUCACAUUUCUUGAAGUCCUACCCAAAGACAAGAAAGCCAAAGAAGAGAAGACAUCCAUCCUUGGGCAGACGAGUAUUGACCUGCUACCCUUUCUCAUAGGACCCAAUAGUGGUCCCAUCAGCUCAAUCACUACAUUCCUCCAAUCCCUCUCUCCCGAAUCAAGUAGACCACCCACUGAUAAUCAUCAUGGCGUUGACAUUGUGUCAAAGUCUGAGGUGGAUUUAGAGAUCACUGUUUCUCCCUCAAUCCUUGGAGCACCUGAUAUUGCACAAAGCAACAUCCUCUCUUUGCGCCUCCGUUCUCUUCAUUCCCUCCCUGAUGCCUGGCAGCCCAGCACAUUCCCUCACACCUUCACACUAGCACUCCCCUUGCCCACAACUGAAGCCACUCCUACUGUGUCAGAAGGAGUAACCAUUCCGCAAGGGAUCCUGAAACUAGGCCCGGACAAGGACCCAAGCAGUGUGGCAGGUCACUGGAAAUGGCCUGGGAGUGGUGAGGGGCAGGUCAACAAUGGUACUAUAGAGAUGCGUGCUCUGGAGGAUGAGACUGGGGAGCUCAACACCAAGAAGGACAUCAAGUUUCGCCAACACAGUGAGUGUGAGAAACCUCGAGUGAGCUGGAAUGUGCUGCAUCGUACCUGGCUCACAUCGCACACCACACACUCCUUCCUCUCACAGCUGUCACAAUGCCCCAUCUGGCCAGUGGAAAUUGCAAGAUACAGUGUUCCCCAAACCACUGGUAAAGGUAAGGCUAAGGAGGAGGAGCCCACUCUCUCUCACCACGCCGUAGCGUACCUUAACCUCGCUCCACUGCUCUAUCCUGGAGCUACGCGCAUCUGUGGAGCGUACACCCUACAUCCUUUCAGUGAAUCAGAGAUUGGAGAGAAGACCAAGAAGCCGCACAGUGCCCUGCUGACUCCUGUUGUCUCUGGUGGGACCUCCAGCAAGAAGCUUGCUGGCAACAAGAGAGCACCCUCCUCUUCCAACAAGGUCAUUGAUACGAGUGGAAUGCUCAAUACUGACGGCACAGAUGGUGAGGGUGGUGAGGUUAAGAGUGAAGCACAUGCCUAUGUGGACUGCAAGAGCUAUGUGGUAUUGGAAAUUGCCCUCGAGAAGCCACUCAUCCCAAAGAGGCCUACCUCUGUACUGGCUGAGAGGAUCAGUGAAUACAUUCCUCCACGGCCGCCUGUCCCCCACAAAGAGGGGGGCGUGCAACGUGCAGUGAAUGGCUACCACCAAAAGACAGAAGAGAUAGCCUCUGUCCUCCUAACUGAAUUCAGGGAACUGUUUGGAGAGGAGGUGGCCAGCGGUGCUAUGUCUGAAGACCAGGGUGCUGUCAAUGAGAGACGUAAGAAGUUACUGUUUCACCUUAACUCAUCAGGAAAGUAUCAUGCUUUCAAAGAACAACUGAAGGUGUCUGUUGUGAAGCUGGUUCGAGAGAAAUACAUGGCUCAAGCCAAGACCCAGGACAGGGACCAGCUACAGAAGUUCCUCUCAGAGCUCUACGUCUUCCUCACUGACCAGAUGCAUGCUGGACUCAACAAGGUGUUGAACUUGGAGGACGCUGCCCCACCCCCACCAUCCCAGUUGAACUCAGAACUUUUGAAGGUGUUUGCUGUUGAAGCAGAGCAGUGUGGAGAUUAUGACCUUGCCGGACACUAUUACAAGGAGAGAGUGACACGUGGUGAUCAUGUAGCUGAGCCCUGGUACGACUAUGCAGUGUUCUGUUUACUGGACUCUGACAUGGACCGUGCUGAGCAGUGCCUAAAGGAGGCAGUCGCUCUAGACCAUACUCUAUUGCCAGCUCUGCUGCUCUAUGGGAUGGUGUGCUGUUUAGAUGGGAAGUUCUCAGAAGCGGAGCAGUUCUUUGAGCUGUCCACCGCGGCAGACCCCACCAACAUCAUUGCUUGGACCAUGAGAGGGCUCUACUAUGAGCUUUCUGGCAAUGGGGUAUAUCAGGAGAUGUGUUUCCAUGAGGCCAGUAAGCUCAACCUUGGUCAGAGCGCCAAGACAUUCAUCACCCCUAUCAAAACGAAGCCCUGUAGUAUCUCCCAUCCCCAUUCAGGUUCCAAGAACAUUGCUUCAGCGUCACGAGUGUCAACCUCCUCAAAGGGAGGCAACGUCAAACAGCAGAACCAUGCCAAUGAGAUGGAGGGAGGAGGAGGAGGUGUUGUAUGGGGUGAUCUAGGAGUGCCCCAGGCAGUGGUUGGGAGCACCAAUUCUGUGUCCAGCAAAGGAUCACAUAAGGACACUGAGCCUCCUGCCAAUAAGUCAGGUGACGAACUGCCUAGCCCCUUCCCCAUGGAGCAGAAACACAGUGGACCCACAGAGUCCAUUGUCAGCUUUAAUGAUAUAGCACAAGUACCAGUGCCACAAGAGACAGGAUAUCAAGGUGACACCGAACCACUCUCCACCGAGGUGCGUCCCCCACUCCCUCCUUCACAGCAGAAUCUGGUUAGCGGGUCUGGGGUCAGCAUCAAAUCAGGCAACUCUGGUCAGCACUUAGCCACUGCCUCAGAUACACAUCCCCUCUCUGGUGGUAGUGCAGCGGCUAUUUCAGAACUUGCCUGUGAGGAUACUGCCAGCAUAUUCCUGCAAACUGCCUCAUACCUAAUGGAUGUCCAUGCUCUCAAGUUUGCAGAGAUGUCCCUGGCCCACGAAGUGGCUGGCUGUGAUGGGGAACUCCAGCCCCACUACCACAUUGCUGAGGCCAGGUUGCACAUGCACCAGGAGCACUAUGACAGGGCAGAGAGUGCUCUUAAGAAGGCUAUAGCACUCGACUAUCAGGACUCAAAUGCCUGGGCCUUACUAGGACAUACCUACUACCUAGCAGGGAAUUUUCCUGCUUCCAAAGACGCUUAUGAGCGUACAGUGAACUAUGUGACCCCUCCAGCCCACCUACACACUGUGCUACUGAGACUGGCCAAUAUCUAUCUUACGGAUAAACAGUUCGCCAAGGCCAAAGAGACUUACCUGCGAGCAUGUCAUCGCUCUCCUACAAGUCAGACAUGGCGAGGCGUAGGUGUGGCCUGCUAUGAGCUGGGGGACCUGAGUCAGGCAGAGGAUGCCUUGUGUGAGGCUAACAUCCUCAACAACCUCGACCCCGUCAUCUGGGCCUACCUCACAAUGAUCUGUCUCAAGAGUAAGAGGCCGGUUGAAGCAGAGCAGGCUUGCAAAUUUGCAGUCAAGUCUGGGCUGAAAGACAUGUCACUAGUGAGCGAGAUUCAAGUACUCCAUAAGAAGCAUGCACCCUCUGCUGAGCUAGAAAUCAUCCCAACACUGUGCUCUUGACUUAUUUGUUAGUACGUAUAAUUAUUGUACAUGUACUCAAACUACAUAAAGACUAUAAUUUAUGUCAUGUAAACUGAUGUUUGAUAACAGUGAGGUUAUAUAAUGUA